AUGAGCACCAGCACAAGCACCAGCACAAGCACCAGCACAAGCACCAGCACAAGUACCAGCACAAGCACCAGCACAAGCACCAGCACAAGCACCACCACAAGCACCAGCACCAGCACAAGCACCAGCACAAGCACCAGCUCUAGCACUAGUACAGGUACCAGCACCAGCACAAGCACUGGCAUCAGCACCAGCACCACCACAACCAGCACCAGCACCAGACUAAGCUUCAAUUUAAGCACCGGCAUCAGCACCAGUACCAGCACCAGCACAAGCACAAGCACAAGCACAAACACAGGCACAAGCACCAUCACAAGCACCAGCACCAGCAUCAGCACCAAUACAGGCACCAAUACAGGCACCAGCACAAGUACCAGCACCAGCACCAGCUCCACCGCUAGUACAGGUACCAGCACCAGCACCAGCCUAAGAACCACCAACACCAGCACCAGCACCACCAGCACCAGCACCAGCACCAUCUUAAGCACCACCACAUGCACCAGCAUCAGCAUCAGCACCAGCACCAGCACAAGUACUGGCACAAGCACCGGCACAAGCACCAGCACUAGCACAAGUGUCAGCACCGGCCCGAGCACAAGCUCCAGCACUAGUACAGGUACCAGAACCAGCACCAGCAUAAGCACCAGCAGAAAACCCAACACAAGCACCAGCACUAGAACCAACACCAGCAUCAGCACAAGCACAAGCACCCGCACUAGCACCAGCAUCAGCACUAGCACUAGAACUAGUACAAGCACCAUCACAAGGGCCGGCAAAAGCCCAAGCAUCAGCACAAGAACCGGUACGAGCACCAGAACAAGCAUCAGCACCAGCAUCAGCACUGGCACCAUUACAAGUAUCAGCAUUAGCACCAGCACAAGCACCUGCACCAGCAGAAGCAUCAGAACCAGCAUCAGCACCACACUAGCACCAGCAUCAGCUGAAGCACAAGCACCAACAACAGCAGUAGAACUAGUACAAGAACCAUCUCAAGCGCCGGUACAGGAGGCAGCAAGGGCACAAGCACCAGGAAAAGCACUGGUACGAUCAAAAGCAACAGUACAAGCAUCAGCACCAGUUUCAACACGAGCACCAGCACAAACACAGGCACAAGCCUAAGCACCAGCACCAGCACCAGCACCAGCACCAGCCUUAGAACUAGUAAACACCAGCACAAGCGUAAGCACAGGCCCAGGCACCAACACAAGCACCAA